GCAGUGCGCGGAGAACUCUGCAAAACAAGAGGCUGAGGAUUGCGUUAGCGAUAAACCAGUUUACGCCGGAGUCCUUGGAAAGGAGUGUCUCUGGCCGAUCCAGCCGCUUCUCGGGACUCUGAGGAAAAGCUCCUUGGCUCCCACCAGCCCGGCGCCGCCCCUCAACAUGGGCAAAGGAGACCCCAACAAGCCGCGGGGCAAAAUGUCCUCGUACGCCUUCUUCGUGCAGACCUGCCGAGAAGAGCACAAGAAGAAACACCCUGACUCUUCGGUCAAUUUCGCCGAGUUCUCCAAGAAGUGUUCUGAGAGAUGGAAGACCAUGUCUUUAAAGGAAAAGUCGAAGUUUGAAGACAUGGCAAAAAGUGACAAAGCUCGCUAUGACAGGGAGAUGAAAAAUUACGUUCCUCCCAAAGGUGAUAAGAAAGGAAAGAAAAAAGAUCCCAAUGCUCCCAAAAGGCCACCAUCUGCCUUCUUCCUGUUUUGCUCUGAACAUCGCCCAAAGAUCAAAAGCGAACACCCAGGCCUAUCCAUUGGGGAUACUGCAAAAAAAUUGGGUGAAAUGUGGUCUGAACAAUCAGCCAAAGAUAAACAGCCGUAUGAACAAAAAGCAGCUAAGCUAAAGGAGAAAUAUGAAAAGGAUAUUGCUGCAUACCGUGCCAAGGGCAAAAGUGAAGCAGGAAAGAAGGGUCCUGGCAGGCCAACAGGCUCAAAGAAGAAGAAUGAACCAGAAGAUGAGGAGGAGGAGGAGGAGGAAGAAGAAGAAGAUGAAGAUGAUGAGGAAGAGGAUGAAGAUGAAGAAUAAGUGGCUAUCCUGUAAUGUGUGUGGAGUAUGCGUGUGUGCUCAGGCGAUUGUUUAGCUAAGAAUGUGAAUUCAAGUGCAGCUCAAUAUUAGCUUCAGUAUAAAAACUGUACAGAUUUUUGUAUAGCUGAUAAGAUUCUUCGUAGAGAAAAUACUUUAAGAUGCAGGUUGUAGCUUUUUGAGGGGCUACUACAUACAGUUAGAUUUUAAAGCUUUUGAUGUUGAAUGUUCUAAAUAUUUAAUGGUUUCUUUAAUUUCUUGACUUGUGUAUGGUAGUACAGCAAACUCCUAGGAAUUAGUAUCAGUAGUAAAUUUUAGAGUUUUUAGGAUGUUGCAUUUUGUUUUUUUAAAGAAAAUUUUGUAAUAAAAUUAUGUAUAUUAUUUUUAUUGUCUUUGUCUUAAUAUGUUAAAUUAACUUUCACUUUAAAAAACUCUUAUG